AUAGCAUGUUUAAGAAGCAAAGCGACCUCUGCUGGCUGUUAUUUUAUCCAUUGUGGUGUUAUAACUUAUAACUGCCAACAAUCAAAGCACUGUCGGUUGUGUUAUCUUAAAUUUUGCUCCUUUAUUUUAAUAUUUGCCUCGAUUUUACCAAGCUAUGGCCACCCUUUCUUAAAUCUAAAGUCUAUUGGUCGAUUUCACUUUGCUUGUGUAUUUAUAUCACUACUCUUCUAUGGCUAUUAGCCUUUGGCUUCUCCUAGCUAUCAUAGAUUGUCAAUUUACAUGGUAGGAGAACAAGUUUUGAACCACCCCCAUUUGAUAAUUUCCUCAUAUUCAAUGCUUUGCUAAUUGAUUUCUUGCUUUUCUUUUAUUUUCUCCAAUGAGGAGUGAGGGGAGGAUGUUGUCGUUGGGACCUCGGUUUUGGGGUGAGUUUUCUAGUUUUCUUGUUUCAUGGUUCAAUAAAGGAAGGUUUGUUGUUAGUUUGUUUCAAGUUCCUAUGAAAAUGCCACUGAAGAAGGUGAAUCUUGGUUCAAGAGUUCAAGAGAUUGUGGAGGAGGAGGAGGAGGAGCCUUCUCCUUCUCUUCUGGAUUUGCCUGAGUUGGCUUUGGAACGCAUCCUCGAGAGGCUUUCACCUGCUGGAUUGGGCAGCAUGGCUGGAGUUUGUAGCUCUUUAAGGGAUAGGUGUAGAAGCGAUCACUUAUGGGAGAAACACUUGAAGCAGAAAUGGGGUAGAGUGAUUGGUGAGUCUGCUUAUAAGGAAUGGCAAUGGCAUAUAGCCUCAAGUAAGAGGCCGAGCCUUUUAGAUCAAAGAAAUCAAAAGGGUUUCAUGGGAUCUCUUAUUAGUAUGUGGCCUUUUUGUUGGUUUAAACCCAAGUGUGAAAGUAGAAGCAAGCCAGCAACUUGUUUACCAGUUGAUUCAAUCAUGGCUUUGUAUCUCUCUCUUGAAAGUGGCAAGUUUUGGUUUCCAGCUCAGGUUUAUAACCGUGAGAACGGACAUGUUGGAUUUAUGCUGUCAUGUUAUGAUGCACAACUCAGCUAUGAUUCCAAGACAGACACCUUUCAGGCAAGGUAUUCUCCUUUUGCGCGGCAAACAAUAGAGCAAAGCAUACACUGGGAAAGGCUAAGAGCACCACCAGUUGAUACUCCUGCACAUGUUCUUCAUACUUCUGAUUGUUUGAAUUACUUGAAACCCGGUGAUCACAUCGAGAUCCAAUGGAGGAGAAGCAAAGAAUUCCCUUAUGGUUGGUGGUAUGCUGUUGUGGGGCAUCAGGAAUUAUGUGAUGGGAAUGAGAAUCGAUGCCGUUGUCGACACAACGAUACAGUAGUGCUGGAGUUCAGGCAAUACACUCCUGGAUCUCGAUGGAGACAGACGAUAAUAAACAGGAAGGACCACAGGGAAGUAGGAAACGAAGCUGAUGGUUUUUAUGGAGGAAUUAGAAAGCUUUGCAAGGCUGAAGAAAUCUCAAAAUGGAAGCAGCUAUGGCCGAACCAAAUCGUUGAUUAGUAUGGUUUUUAUGGACCCUUUCCCUUCCACUCUCACAACAUCCCCGUGUACAUAGCUCCCUUCUUUUUUACUCUCUUGGUUUAUGAUUUAGAGAGUUCAAAGUCAUAGAAAUGCUCCUAGAAAGUUGAACGUUAGGCUUCGGAGUUUUUGCGAAGCUUGCCACGGUCUAAGAAUAGUGUAGCCUUAUGUGUAUAAUAAUUUUGUAAGGAAUAUAUAUAUACACAUCACUAAUGAGUCUUGUGCGGGGAAAAUUUGAUCAGUUUUCUGUUCUCAGUUGAUACA